AUGAAAAACGUUGUGCAGAGACGAGCUGUCCUAUUCUGUCUUGGUCUCCUCCUCGUCACGAACAUGGCAAGGUCGGUCGAGGCGAACCCAACAUCCAACUUCGUCGAGGAGGAUACGGCUAGAUCUAGCAUGAACAACUUCUUUAACGAGAUGCGAUACGUCUAUCAAAUCUAUAAGGAGUGUUCCGAAGAAGGGGUCAACGUCAGCCCUUGCUUGAAAUUGAGGCUUCUUUCAGCUAUGGACAGGGUUUCGAGGAGUGCGCAGCUCGACGUUGCCGAUGGUGUGACUUUCCUGAGGGAAGGAUCUAAUGGGGAAGAAGAAGUACCAAAAUCUUUGAAAGAAAUUGAAGCUAAUUUGCCUAGAGCUUUGGAUGACAAGGAAGAAGCUCUAAACGGCAUGAUCUUCGAUAGGAUCGUCAAGUUUGUCCAAAGUCAUACAUUGAAAAUGAAACUGCCAAACGUCGAGGAACUUCAGCGAAGUUUCAGUGAAGAAGGUCGAAGGAAAAAAAAUAAAAUGGGAGGACUUCUUGCAAUUCCUUUGUUGAUCGGUGGAACUCUGGUACCUUUAGCUCUUGGUGCUCUGGCUCUCCUGGCUGGCAAAGCAUUAAUCGUCAGUAAACUAGCUCUCGUCUUAGCAUCGAUCAUCGGUCUAAAGAAGCUUGUAUCUAGUGGUCACGAGCACGGACACGAGGUUGUGCAAGUGGCAGCAGGAGGACACGGAUCCAGUGGUUGGGCGAGGUCGAGUCAUGAACUCGCAUAUUCUGCAUACAAGCCAUCGUCGACAUAA